AUGGAAGAAGCUGUAGUCAUAGCAACUCAUCCCCCUCAUCCCCCUGGCCCCUCUCAACUCCCUCACACACCUCCAAACGCACAGGGGUCAUCUCUCCAUCCCACCCCUGAACCUCCGCCCCCACCUCCCCCACCCCCACCUCCCCCCGCCUCCCCAAGAGGAGGCUGCGAUGCCUUCUCCCGUAGCGUACAUCGUCGUUCCAAGAUGAGGAACUUUAACUGGGAUGCCAUCCCCCGUCAGUCAGUCCUUGGGAAGAAGAACGUGUGGACGUCCCAGAGGCCCAUGGUGGAUUUUGAGCUGGAUACCCAGAGGAUGGAGGAGAUGUUUAGCCGGUCUGACACUCAACUGCCUCUACGAAAGACUGGAUCUGUCAAGAAGACAGUCAGGGGCCUGUCCCUAUCCACACAGGGCCUAAAGAGGGUCUUAAUCCUCAACUCUAAGAAGAGUAUGAAUGUUGGGAUCUUCCUGAAGCAGUUCAAGAGGCCGGCGAGGGACAUGGUGGAUGACGUCAGAAGGGGCAACUGGCUGAGGUUUGGAGCAGGAAAACUCAAGGAGCUCUGUAAACUACUGCCAGACGAGGGAGAGGUGAAGAAGCUGUGGUCCUUCAGUGGAGACCUGACCCAGCUGUGUGAGCCCGAUCUCUUCAUGGUGCUGCUAGUUAAAGUACCUGGCUAUGAGGAGCGUCUGAGGACUCUGAUGCUGAGAGAAGAAUUCUUCCCUCUGAUGGAUGAGAUGAAACACUCCAUCGCUGUCAUGACUAAAGCAGCAAAUGAGCUGUUGGUCUGUGACGACCUCCACUCAAUCAUCCGCCUGGUGUUGAAGGCUGGGAACUACAUGAAUGCUGGUGGGUACGCUGGCAGUGCCAUCGGUUUCAGGAUGGCAUCUCUACUAAAGCUGGCGGACACCAAGGCCAACAAACCUGGCAUGAACCUCUUGCACUACGUCACCAUGCAAGCACAGGAGAUAGACGUUGCCCUGUUGAACUUCCCCGAGCAGCUUCAACACAUUGGGAUGGCUGCAAGGGUGCAGAAGCAGGAGGUGGAGUUAGACUUUCAGAGGGAGGCAGCGAAGGUGAAGGUAGCCAAGAUGGACGCCAGCACACAGCCUGAGCUACUGUUACAGAUGGAGACCUUCCUCAUGAGGGCGGAGGCCAGGCUGGCUGACCUCCGUGCCUGUCUGUUGGACCUCAACUCCCUGAGCCAAGCUGUAGCAGAGUAUUUCUGUGAAGAUCCGGCCACGUUUCAACUGGAGGUUUGCUGCUCCAUAUUCCACUCGUUCUGUGAGCGCUUCAACAGGGCUGUUCAGGAGAACCGUGAGCGUGAGGCAGCCGAGCUGAGACGCAGGCAGAGGGAGAGGUUCUGUAAUGUGGCCAAGCGUCGCUCCACUGCCACCUGCUCUGACCUGGAGCCCGCCGGGCCGAGCUCUGCCAUGGAGUCUAUCCUCCACAGCUUCCUGAACACCAUACAACCCAGGGGCCCCAGGGGUCUGGCAAGGCGCAGACACCACCUCCCGCCUGUGAUGUUGUCCCCCAUCGGGGGCUCGCCCAUCGAGCCCUGCCCCAAGUACAACCCCCUGGCCGAUGAGCCAGAGACUAGAGCUGAUCCAGGGCCUAGCCGGUUCACCAGACCAGGAGGGAGCACCCUGGGUGGGAGGGCAGGUGUGUUGACACCCCGGAAAGACCAGGAGGACCGGGGGCAGAGGGAGGAGAAGAGAGGGGAGGGCUGGCCCAGGGAGCUGGGUAGCCCUGAUGCGGUGGUGGAGAGGUUGGAUGGGGGGGUGGAGGACGACGACUCCUAUCUGGACCCCCCUUCAGAGCAGAAAGAGGAGAAGAAAAACGAGGGGGAGACAGCGACCCCAGAGGACCAGUGGAGAUGUUUUGGGUCAAAUAGAGCCUCUUCCAUCAACCAGAAACGGACCCCUAAGAGCUGUGGCCGCCGCAGCCUGUCGUCCAUCGACCAGAAACGGACCACUAAGAGCUCUGGCCGCCGCAGCCUGUCCCCUCGCCAACACACACCCCCCACCCAGAAGGAGGAGAAGAGAGCGGGCAAGGAGGAGGAGAAGGAGGUGCAGAGGAUGCGUGUCGUGUCCAGGAAGAUGCUUCGCUACCAGACUGACCGAGGCAUGCUAUCUGGUGACCUAGAACAUCCUAAACUGCCAGAGUUGGGCGACAAAGCGAGCCUCGUCCCCCAAAACCACACCCCCCAACGCUCCACACCUCACCCUCUCCACCCCCACCCUAUCUCUCAACCCUCCACCCCAGGUCAUCGCACCCACUCUACCCCCCAGCCCUCCACCCCUUGCCCCAGGGAGAUGAGAGAGGUAGACCUGGCUCUCUGUAACAGCAUGGGGAACCUGGGCUCUCCCUGGACCAUCCUCAGCCCCCACAUCUCACCCCAAAACCACACCCCCCACCGACGAAACUCCUUCUUCGCACCCAGCGCCGACGAUGGCCUUGACGAUGGUGUCUGGUCAUUGCCCCCCACCCCCAACCGCCCUUCCACCGCCACCCACCAUUCCACCGCCACCCACCAUUCCACUGCCACCUGCCCCCCUCUGGUGCUGCUGGGGAGGAUGAGGGCUAUGGAGGGACACCCUGGACCCUCAGACCUCCAUGGAGAGGCAGGGAGGGGGGCCUUGUCCCUGCCUGACUGCCCCAGUCAGAGAGCUCUGUCUCAGGGCCACCUGCUUCGCUCUCUCUCCCUGGAUGAGACUGGAGGGAGCCAGGCUCCAGGAUUCAGAUUCCGCCUCGGGGACCUGUUCCAGAGACGCAGUGCGCUGUGGGCCCCAGCUGGGGCAGAGACGGGGUUUGCUACAGAGGCUCAGCAACCCUUGGAGAGGCAGAACAGUAGCUCUGGGAUUGUGUCUUUCUUCAGACGCUUUGGGGAGAGGAGAUGA